GCCUCUCCAGGAGGAGCCGCCGGCGCGGCGGAGCUGGGGCUGGUGGCGCUGUGGUGCCGCCGGCUCGGGGGAGGGUCAGAGCGGCCACCGGCGGCGGCGGCGGCGCGGCCCGGCUCGGCUCCGGCCAGGCGGGCGGGUGGCCGGGCGGGCGUCCGCGCUCCCCGGGCCCCGGCAGGCUGGGGCCCCGGCCGCCGCAGCCCCCCGCCCCCAAUCCCGGGCUGUCAGCGGGCCGGGACCGCGCCGCCGCUCCCGCGCCCGGAGUGGGGCUCCCUCUGCGUGGACCCCGGGGUUUGUUUACGUCCGGGCGGGCGCCCGGGGGGCCACCCGCAGACCCCGCAGUCGCCCGGCUCUUUUGUGUGCCUGCACGAGCGGCGCGGACCGGCCCCUCCGCGGCCGGGAACCCGGGUAGGGGCGCUCGGGGAAACUUGCGGGAGGCAGCGGGCGCCUGGCACGCGAACUCCGGGGGUCGGGGUGCCCCGGGGGCGCGGGUGCGGGCGCCGGCGCCGGACUGCAACUUUCCCCGAGCGCAGGCCCGUCUCUGCGCCCGGGUGCGCGGUCUGUCGCGGCCCGGGGCGCUUGCUCCACGCCGCCUAUCCGGGCGGCCUUCGCCCCGCUCCCGGGGCUUCCCGCGGCCUCCAGUGACCCAUCAGCUCCUCUCGGAUCUUCUCCUCCGAGGUCCUGCCCUCCCAGCAGGGUCCGCGGCGGCGGCGGCGGCGGCGGCGGCGGGUGGGGGGGGGGGGUGGGCAAUGGAGAGCGCGGCGGGUCCGCUCCGAAAUGCCUAUCCCGAUCGUGUUCUCGAAAGCAAAGCCCCGGGUGUCCCACUAGACAGCGGUGUGCCAGGCCGUGGUCCACGCACCCAACCCCAGGCGCCGAGGGGGGAUCGUGCUGGGGCUCCCCAUCCGUCGCCCGAGCCGCAGCCGUGCCCAGGGGGCGCGUUCCUGCCUGCCACCCACCACCCCGGGGAGCAGCGCGCCCUCGGGGUCCGCCUGGGACCUGCCAGCUCCGCGCUGGCGGCUCCUGGACAGCCCCGGGACUCUGCCAGGUGGAUGUUGUGCGUAGCCGGAGCCAAGUUGAAGAGGGAACUCGAUGCCACCGCAACAGUAUUGGCAAACCGGCAAGAUGAAAGCGAGCAGUCAAGAAAGCGGCUCAUCGAGCAGAGCCGUGAGUUCAAGAAGAACACUCCAGAGGAUUUGCGCAAGCAGGUAGCGCCACUGCUGAAGAGCUUCCAAGGCGAGAUUGAUGCACUGAGUAAAAGAAGCAAAGAAGCUGAGGCAGCCUUCUUGAAUGUCUACAAGAGAUUGAUUGAUGUUCCAGACCCCGUUCCCGCGCUGGACCUUGGGCAGCAGCUCCAGCUCAAAGUGCAGCGCCUGCACGACAUUGAGACGGAGAACCAAAAGCUUAGGGAAACUCUCGAAGAGUACAACAAGGAAUUCGCUGAAGUGAAAAAUCAAGAGGUUACGAUAAAAGCACUUAAAGAGAAAAUCCGAGAAUAUGAACAGACUCUGAAGAACCAGGCUGAGACCAUAGCUCUCGAAAAGGAACAAAAGUUACAAAAUGAUUUUGCAGAAAAGGAGAGAAAGCUGCAGGAGACCCAGAUGUCCACCACCUCAAAGCUAGAAGAAGCCGAGCAUAAAGUCCAGACUCUGCAAACAGCCCUGGAAAAAACUCAAACAGAAUUAUUUGACCUGAAAACCAAAUAUGAUGAAGAAAUUACUGCCAAGGCCGACGAAAUUGAAAUGAUCAUGACGGACCUUGAAAGAGCAAACCAGAGGGCAGAGGUGGCUCAAAGAGAGGCGGAGACCUUGCGGGAGCAGCUCUCGUCGGCCAACCACUCUCUCCAGCUGGCCUCCCAGAUCCAGAAGGCGCCGGACGUGGAGCAGGCCAUAGAGGUGCUGACCCGCUCCAGCCUGGAAGCUGAGUUGGCCGCCAAGGAGCGGGAGAUCGCCCAGCUAGUGGAGGAUGUGCAGAGACUCCAGGCCAACCUCAGCAAGCUGCGUGAGAAUUCGGCCAGCCAGAUCUCCCAGCUCGAGCAGCAGCUGAGCGCCAAGAACAGCACCCUAAAGCAACUGGAAGAAAAACUCAAGGGACAGGCUGACUAUGAAGAGGUGAAGAAAGAGCUAAACAUCCUGAAGUCCAUGGAGUUUGCGCCGGCCGAGGGAGCUGGGACGCAGGAUGCAUCCAGGCCCCUGGAGGUGCUGCUGCUGGAGAAGACCCGCUCGCUGCAGUCCGAGAACGCCGCGCUGCGCAUCUCCAAUAGCGACCUGAGCGGGUCAGCCAGGAGAAAAGGGAAAGACCAGCCUGAGAGUCGGCGUCCUGGACCUUUGCCGGCCUCCCCUCCUUCUCAGUUGCCCCGCAACACGGGGGAGCAGGCUUCCAAUACUAAUGGUACACACCAGUUCUCACCAGCGGGGUUAACGCAAGACUUUUUCAGCUCAUCCCUGGCAAGCCCCAGCCUGCCCCUGGCUUCUACGGGAAAAUUUGCACUAAACUCUCUCCUCCAACGACAGCUAAUGCAGUCCUUCUACUCCAAGGCCAUGCAGGAAGCAGGAAGCACAAGCAUGAUUUUUUCAACAGGUCCAUACAGCACAAACUCCAUAUCUUCCCAAAGUCCAUUACAACAAAGCCCAGAUGUAAAUGGCAUGGCCCCAUCCCCCAGCCAGUCAGAAAGUGCUGGGAGCGUCUCUGAGGGCGAGGAGAUAGACACUGCAGAAAUCGCCCGGCAGGUGAAAGAGCAGCUGAUCAAGCACAAUAUUGGACAGCGCAUUUUCGGACACUACGUCUUGGGACUGUCUCAGGGGUCCGUGAGUGAGAUCCUGGCCCGGCCCAAGCCGUGGAACAAACUGACGGUGCGCGGCAAGGAGCCAUUUCACAAGAUGAAGCAGUUCCUCUCAGACGAGCAGAACAUCCUGGCUCUUCGCAGCAUCCAAGGCAGACAAAGAGAGAAUCCAGGCCAGAGCCUGAACAGACUCUUUCAGGAAGUACCGAAACGAAGAAAUGGGUCUGAAGGUAACAUCACCACCCGGAUCCGAGCCUCUGAGACCGGGUCUGACGAAGCCAUCAAGUCCAUCCUGGAACAAGCCAAGAGGGAGCUGCAAGUCCAGAAAACCGCAGAGCCGGCCCAGCCUUCCUCGGCAUCCAGCGGCGGGAGCGCGGACGAUGCCAUCCGCUCCAUCCUGCAGCAGGCCCGCCGGGAGAUGGAGGCCCAGCAGGCCGCCCUCGAGCCCGCCUUAAAGCCCGUGCCGCCGUCCCAGACGGACAUCGCCCUCCUGACCCCCAAGCUGAUACCUGCCUCGCCCAUGUCGUCCGUGUCCAGUUACUCCCCGCUAGCCGUCUCCCUGAAAAAGCCCGCCUCGGCUCCGGAUGCCAGCGCCCCCACCCUACCCAACCCGCCGGCCCUGAAGAAGGAGUCCCAGGACACGCCCGGGCCAGACCUCCCGGGAGCGGCCGACCCCGCCGCACAGGGGGUCCUGAGGCACGUGAAGAGUGAGCUGGGCCGCGGCGGCGUGUGGAAGGACCAUUGGUGGAGCGCCGUCCAGCCUGAGAGGAAGAGCAGCGCUCCACCCGAAGACCCCAAGGCCGAAGACGCCAGCGGCGGCAAAGAAAAAGGCAGCGGCAGCGCUGGCAGCGGCGGGCAGGCACGGGCGGAGCGCAGUCAGCUCCAGGGCCCCUCCUCCUCUGAGUACUGGAAGGACUGGCCCAGCGCAGAGUCGCCCUACUCCCAGAGCUCAGAGCUGAGCCUGACCGGAGCCAGCCGCAGCGAGACGCCCCAGAACAGCCCUCUGCCCUCCUCACCCAUUGUGCCCCUGUCGAAGCCCACCAAGCCCUCGGUCCCGCCGCUGACCCCCGAGCAGUAUGAGAUCUACAUGUACCAGGAGGUGGACACCAUCGAGCUCACCCGGCAGGUGAAGGAGAAGCUGGCCAAGAAUGGCAUCUGUCAGAGGAUCUUCGGGGAGAAGGUGCUAGGCCUGUCACAGGGCAGUGUCAGCGACAUGCUGUCCCGGCCGAAACCCUGGAGCAAGCUGACCCAGAAAGGCCGAGAACCCUUCAUCCGGAUGCAGCUCUGGCUGAACGGCGAGCUGGGCCAGGGCGUCCUGCCCGUCCAAGGGCAGCCGCAAGGGCCAGUCCUGCACUCCGUGACGUCACUACAAGACCCCCUGCAGCAGGGCUGCGUGAGCUCAGAAAGCACUCCAAAGACCUCUGCCAGCUGCAGCCCUGCACCCGAGUCACCCAUGAGCUCCAGCGAGUCAGUGAAGAGUCUGACUGAACUGGUCCAGCAGCCCUGCCCACCCAUUGAAACGAGUAAGGAUGGCAAACCUCCAGAACCCAGUGACCCGCCCGCCUCAGACUCCCAGCCUGCCACCCCACUGCCUCUCUCCGGACACUCAGCGCUCAGCAUUCAAGAGCUGGUGGCCAUGUCUCCAGAGCUGGACACCUACGGCAUCACCAAGAGGGUCAAGGAGGUGUUGACUGACAACAACCUCGGUCAGCGCUUAUUUGGGGAGACCAUCCUGGGGCUCACCCAAGGCUCCGUCUCUGACCUCCUUGCUCGCCCCAAGCCCUGGCACAAGCUCAGUCUGAAGGGACGGGAGCCCUUUGUCCGCAUGCAGCUGUGGCUGAAUGACCCCAACAACGUGGAGAAGCUGAUGGACAUGAAACGGAUGGAAAAGAAAGCCUACAUGAAGCGGCGGCACAGCUCGGUCAGCGACAGCCAGCCCUGCGAGCCCCCAUCCGUUGGCAUCGACUACAGCCAGGGCGCCAGCCCCCAGCCCCAGCACCAGCUGAAGAAACCCCGAGUAGUGCUGGCCCCCGAAGAGAAAGAAGCUCUGAAACGAGCAUAUCAGCAAAAGCCAUACCCGUCACCAAAAACCAUCGAAGAACUCGCCACCAAGCUCAACUUGAAAACCAGCACCGUCAUCAACUGGUUCCACAAUUACAGGUCUCGGAUCCGCAGAGAACUGUUCAUUGAGGAGAUUCAGGCCGGGAGCCAGGGCCAGGCCGGGGCCAGCGAUUCGCCGUCGGCCCGGAGCGGCCGGGCCGCGCCCAGCUCAGAGGGCGACAGCUGCGACGGCGUGGAGGCCGCCGAGGGCCCGGGCGCCGCGGACGCCGAAGAGUUGGGCGGCCCCGCGGCCGCCGCCAAGUCUCAGGGAGGGCCGGCCGAGGCGGCUGCGGCCCCGGAGGAGCGGGAGGAAGCGCCGCGGCCGGCAGAGAAGGCAGAGCCGCCGCCCUCGGGGACCCCGGUCCCGGACGCCGCCGCCGCUGACGAUGAGGGCCGGCCCCGGGCGCCGCCGCCGCCGCCGCCACCCGAGGGUCCCGCGGACGGCCCGGGGCCCGUGCCAAACCCCGUCGCCGCCGCCGCGCCCGCGGCCGGGGAGGACGCCGCUACCUCAGCCGCCCCGCCGGGCGAGGGCCCCUGCCGGGCCCGGGACGGCGCCGACAGGAGUUCCGCUUUGCCAAGCACCAGCGCGCCCGCGGCAGCCCGCAGGCCCAGCUCGCUGCAGAGCCUCUUCGGCCUCCCGGAGGCGGCGGGCGCCAGGGACUCGCGAGACAACCCCUUGAGGAAGAAGAAGGCCGCGAACUUGAACAGCAUAAUCCACCGCCUGGAGAAGGCCGCCAGCCGCGAGGAACCCAUCGAAUGGGAGUUCUGAGAGGGCGCCGCCCGCCCGCCCGUCGCGCCGAGUCUGGCCGGGCCGGGCCAAGCCUGACCGGGCCGGGCCGAGUCUGGCCGAGCUGGGCUGAGUCGAACCGAGUCUGGCUGAGCUGGGUCGGGCCGGGCCGGGCAGAGGGGCGGGCGCCGACUCCGCGGCCAGGACCGUGUUGCGCACUUAACCGCCCUGCGGGCCACAGGGCAAAAUCGCCAUAGGCCAAGGUGCAUAUAGAAAACAAAAGGAGCAUUAAGCCCAAUCUAUGUCGUGUUUUCAAGGAAGAAAACGGAAAUGUGUAGUCGAGCUUUUUUGUACCCUGAAGUGUUUUUUUUAUUGCCCUAAGUGAUUUCCACAGGUUCUGGAAUAACUCUUACAGCUUUGCCUUGCGCCCUCCUCUUUUCGUGUGGGCUUUAAAAAAAAAAAAUCAAACCCACAUAUUAAAAGGGGGCUUUUUAUCUGCCAUCUAAUGGCUUCAGAGCGAUAAUACACUAUUAUCUUCUUAAACCAGGAAAAAAGGGGAGGGGGGGAAUUUUUCAGAAAAAAAAUUUAAAAAAGAAAGUUUUUGUAGCUGUUCAGUUGCCACUAAGAGAUUGCACAGUCAAACCGACUCUAAACACACUAGUUUGGAUUCCUAAAUAUUUUCAAGUAAAGAAUCUUCUCCUUUGAAACUUUGAAUUAAAGUAAAACACAUUUACUCCACAUAUUUUUUAACAAGAAAAGUCACAUCAGGAAAAUAUCAGAUUUUGUGGUAGCUGACGUAGUGUUUUCUUGUACGUGAAUAGAAUCCUGACAUGUAGUGCACAUUGAUCCAUAGCUUUAACUGACUCUGGGCUUUUGCUGACCAGGGUUUGUUUAAUACACUCCAUUCUAGGCCAAAUCAGGACAAAAAGAAAAGAUCCGAAUCUAGGUAUUUUAUAAUCUGCUUUUUAACCUCUAACCGCAGAGCACGCUGAUCAGACCUCAUAUCUUGGAGGUGUAGGAGACAAGUUAGAACUGUAGCAUGUACCCGUUCAUUUUGUUUAAUUUAUGGUGUCUUAUGUCUGUGUUAGUGCGUCUUGCACAUGUGCGAGCGUUGAAAGAGAGGAGGAACGUGUAGGCCGCGAAGGUCGCCGCAGGCAGAUCUGGGGCCCCUGGGGGCCCCUCGCCCCUCGUAGGCAGCAGUCUUUCCGUGACACAGAAGGCACCUCACCUCACACCACUCUCCCGGGCGCCUGAUGGACUGAGCCCCACCAGGGGACGCCACUCCCUGGGCCUGGGCAGGGCUCGUGCGUCCGCCCAAGCACGCGCAUAACUCUCUCUCUGUCUCUCUAUCUGUCCCUUUCUUCCCACCACAAGCACUGAUGACUGUUGACGUCGUGGGAAGCCUCCUUCCUUCCCUGCAGAAGAGAGAACGUGGCAGUCUGGGCUCGGCUCCCACCCCCCGUAGUCUCACACCAAAAUGUUGAUGCUCUUCACUUCCAGACCAGAUCAUUGGCCCUCCAUUCAUUUUGCCUCUUGGAACGUUCUUUUUAUGCACAGUUUAGGGCAGUCUAAGUACAAAUCAAAAGUCUAACUUGUCUCUGAUUCCUCCUGUCGUCUAUGUGUAUAUGCGUGAGAACAGAGGUGUAUGAAAGUGUGCGUGUGUGCGUGUGUGCAAUUUUAUAUGUCUGUGUAUUUUCCUAAGUACCUGUGCACACAUAGAGUGCAUUACUGCCACCUUUUUUCAAUAAGCUGUUUUAUCAGUUAUGGCUUCUACAAGUUUGCUAAUUUAGACUCCUUUAUUGCCAUAUCUUUAAACUAACAAUAGAUGAUUUCGGUAUAUAUAUAUAUUUUUUUUUGCUUAUUUAUAGGUGCUGUAUUUUAUUAUCUGAUUGUUAGGAAGGGAUGAAAGGGGCAAAUAUUCUUUAGAGGGAUAGACUGCCGGCAGUAUUGGGUAUAAUUUACAAGAUGUAGUUGUCAUACUGUAUAUUACUGAUUGAAACCUUUUUGACCGUAUUGUGUAUCAUUGAAACCUUUGUCUUAGGUCAACAUCUUUGGAUGACAUUUUAAUGGUGCAUUCAUUAUUUCUUAAGUUUAAUUAAUAUUACCUUUUUUUGAUUUGGGGGGGGUGGGAGGGAGUUCUAAUUUUAAAGGUAUGCUCCCGCUAUUACACCUCAGUGUGCUUGUAUUAAUUAACUUGUAGGACUUUGACUGUAAGAUGUGAAACCACAUUUCUUGCAUGACGUUUUAGAAAUUAUGUAUUUCAUUUACAGUCUUUUAACCUGCAACUGCAGCACUUAGUUCAAGUUUUUCACAAAUUUAAGAGUCACUACACUAAAGACAAUGCCUUUUCAUGAAGAAGAAGUUUGCAGAAGGCUCUAGGAGGCUGGGAGGCAGGCCGUUUGUCUUUUGAUGGUUUCAUAUCAUUCUGAAUUUGAAAUCUGGUUCAGUGAGCAGAGAAUUCAACACGGAGGAGCUUAAGGGGAAAAUGGAUUCCCAUCUGGCUGAAUCCAGGUGCGUUGAGAAGAGGGCGUUUGCAUCCGUGACCCUCAGGACAGUGAGUAGCAGAGCCCCUGACAGUACUGUGGUGUCCUCUCCACAGAAACCUCAAGGAGGAAUUUUGUCAUCACAUGAUGAGUCUCCAAAUACCCGACUUUCAGUAGAAGAAAAGCAGGGCGUUAACAGGGAACGCCAGGGUAGUGUUUUCGCUUUAAAGGCAUGACUGUUAUUUACUAAGGUGUUAAAUCGAGGAAACUGAUAAAGUAUAAAUCUGUCCAUCCUCGUGGCCAAAUAGUAACGUCUAAAACAGCCACUUUGGCUCUUCCAGGCAAUUUAGUCAUUUUUGUUGGUUUUGUUUCUUUUUUUAAAACUAGGUUAUUGUUGAUUUCCAUUCUGUCUUUUUUUGCCAGACUUACAUCUGGGUGCUCGAUACAAUCAGUUGGUUAAAUUUUGCUUGCAGUUCCAUGUUUGUAUUCUUUCUCUAUUUUUUUUUUUUAACUGCGAUCCUAAUCCUAUGAUCUCUUGUGUUUAAGCUGUCACUGUAAUACUUUUAAGAGCUGCCACUAAAUAACAGAAACCUGGGGUGGGGUGCCCGCCUCCUCUUUGUGCCCCUCAGUCUGAGUCCAAGGGUUGGUCUUUCAUCUUGAUAAGCAAUAUUCAAGUGCCUUGAACAGCAUCCCCUACAUGGGCUUUACCUUCCGCUGGCUGGCGUUCCAAGCAGUAGCUCCCACAGGCAGCCGACCUCUUCCUCUUUCCGCUCCAUCAGUUUAAAAAGCUGAUUUGUACCUCUCCCCUGGGGAAAACGGUUCCGUAGAAAACACUAACACUUAAUUACAAGCUCCAUUAUACCAUUUUAAAUGGCUUCUUUUUGUUAAUUGGAGGCAGUGUUCAUAACUUAGGUUUUUGCCAUUACUUAGCUGGCUAAGUGGAGGCUCCGCAUACAAUCAGUGUUCAAGUUCAGCCUCUUGACCCUUGGUUCCUGCCCACAUUCUCUUGCGGUGUCUGAGGUAGAAGGGGCGUGGCUUCACUCCCGCCUCCUAGCUUCCCAAACAAGACCUCUUCUCUUGAACUUGUGGAUGAGUCUUGUGAUUUCUGUCUAGCAGGUUACCCUUCUUUAGGAAGGAUUACCACAGCCAUCUAACUCCAACUCAGUUUUCCUCGGAGCUUACCUGCCGGAAGAACAUCGCAACACAGGAUGGCUUGUGGUCAGCAGACUGGGGAGGCAUCUCCAGGAUCUGCCAGGAUCCUGACUUGUACGACCACUCUCAAGUCAUGGCCACUAUGUCUGGGCCAGUGACCAAGGCAGAAAGAUAAGAGCUCACGGCUUCUCUGGGACAGUUUCCCUAUACUUCCAAAGCACAAAUGCCUCCCUGCUCAUCUGUCUUCCUCCUGUGGGCAUCUUUGUGUCUCCCUACUUAAAAGCCAGAUGUGCUGGUUGGUGGUCCAGACCCAGAGUGCAACAGAGCUUUGGGUGAAGUGUUCCUGUCUGCUCCCUCUGGCUGUGAGAGACCCUCCCCAGCUGCCCUCAGCCCCAGGAGGCAGGAGACACCCGAAUGCCUCCAUACCCAGGGCCGCCACAGCCCCGUAAGCAGACCAAGCAGAGGGCAGGUUGUACGCAAGCUCUGGCAUCCGCUACCAACCCUAAGAUCACCCAGCAGUCGUGCCCUGAGAGGUUGGGACAAGAGUCGCCGGACAGCUCUGUCCACAGGCAGGUGCCUUCCCGCCUAAAGUUGGCCUGGAUUUCUUUGUUCUCCCUGAACUCGCGUCCUGUCGUCCUGUCGUGCACAGGCGAUCAUUGAACUCUGUUGACUUUCUAUGCAAUGUUCUUCAUUCCUCUGAUGGUAGGAAAACAAACCUCCCUGAAAACAAUAGAGGAGCCAGCAGGAGCAACACUCCCGUCCUUCUGGGAGGAGCACACAGUGAAACGGUGUUGGUGAUUUCCUAGAUCUUGAGCUGGGGGACAACAGCCUUUGCCUUAAAUGCACCACAGCAGACGCCUCUCGACAGGCCUAUAGAAACCAGAGUCUGCCCUGAGCUAUCCCUGGCCGCUCCCCUCUGAGGCCAGUACGCCAGCUGCUCAGGGGAGACAGAGCCCGGCGAGGUCAGGCCUCCCCGACAGGCUGCAAGUGGGAUCCCUCCCUGGAUGUUCCCCCCCGCCCCGUGUCAUUACACUCAUCUGUCCCCGUCUACCUCACUAACCACGCUCCCACCGGACCUGCCCCCGUACCCCUCAGAACUGCGAGGCAAGUGGGAUCCGGAAAGAGAAAACAUAGAAGCGUGGCGUCCAUGAGUGUAGCUCAGCCUGGUGGGCAGGCGGCUUCCCUCUUGUAAGCACAAGCCGGACAGAUAGCUGUGCUCUGCGAGGCGCAGGGAUCCUCCUCUUGGCCUCCACCUGCUCCUGAAGCGCUCACAGCUGUUUCCUCUGCAGGCAGGGGCGGCCUCGGGCCCCGCGGGGCCUUGUCUCUGGCCUGCCUGCGCACUCUGCCCGUUCCCGCUCAGCUGUUAAGAUCGGUCACAGCCGCUUCCCUCACCCCGGGCUGCCCCUCCAUGACCACAUAAGGACGCCUCCCCAGGAUUCCCACCUGGCACGGGGGAGCUCUGUUGUCUCUGGCACUGGAAAGUUACAAUCUCAGCCCUUCUGUGAGGUCUCCAUGGGAAGCAUCCCAAGGACAGGAAAGGAUUUGGCCUUCCCGAACCCACACGCCCAAUCUUCAGGUGUGUGAUCUUUUCUUCCCCAAAGAAUAGGCCAGUUUCUGUGCUGUGCUGAAGAAAACCAGCUCCCAGGGCUGCUGGUUGGGUGUGGGUCCACCCAGUCUGGUGGCCUAAGUGUUCUCUUGAUGGAAGGAAUUUGCACGCACUUACUGGGAAGAACUCAUAUUUAGAAAUCCGUCCCCCUCGCUGUGCUGUGGUUUCUUUGCGCCUUGAUGGUGUUAGGGCAGCCUUCGUGAACCCCAAGGCAGAGCUCCUGCCCUAGGUGGCCAGGUGGUGGCCCGGGACUCCCAACACAGUGUACAUCUAUUUCCCGGUGCAAUGAAUGUCAGUCCGCCAGCACACCUGCUUGCUAAGAGGAUGGUCCAAUUUAACAAUGUUUCUCCCAUUCGGAUUCCGUUCUGCCUUUUGGUAGAUGAAAACUACCAGGAAAAAGAAGGGAAAGGAAGUUCCCAGUUGAAAUUCCCAAAAGAUCAAGGCUGUGAGACGCUUAGAGAUGUACAGAAAGCUGAGGCCAGAGCACUCCGGUUGUGGGGGCGCAGUGUAGAUGGAGGCAAGAGGGGGGUGGGGUGUGGGCAACGAGGAGCUGAGCAUAAAAUGAGCCCCGCCCCAGAGUCCGCCUUUCCCCAGCAGCCUGGGAACCUCAUCCUUGGUCAGGGAAGAAGAUGGAAAUGUAGUUCCUCCACCAUCAGUCCCAUGAUGGGAGCUGUCCCUGCCUGCCCAGGCCUUGCCACUAGCCUUCCAUCACCACCUCCCCUCCAAAGAGACUGUGUCCAUGCCGUCAGUGGCAUACUCCCCAUUUUCAUUUUUGGAUGAAGUGACAUUUAGCUUUAACGAGACAUUUCCAAAGCGCCUAGUCUCCUCCAAAAUGCUAACUUUAAAAGUUGGGCAUCGUAGGUGAAAAACCUUUUUAAAAAAAAAAAAGGCUAGUGAAAGACAUUAGGCUAGGCAUAAAUGCGCACUUCCCCAUCCUUGCUAUUAAACAUUUAAAAUACCUUUGAGUUGCUUUUCAUGGAUCAUUAUAGCUUAUCCAGUAAUGUAAAGAAGUAAAGUCUGUGUUACUGUAAUUCUUGUAGUGUUUAGGCUCUCAUUUCUACCACAAAAUAUGCUGUAUGCUAUGUAUCAAGCUUUCUGUGAACAGAAAGGAAAGGUGCCUUAUAUUCCAAAGUCGUGGCUACACACCCCUGUGGACAGUAAUCAGAAGCACAGUAUAUACAGAAGCAUUGGGACUUCCGUUGGUGAAACCAGAUACCAGUCAGCAAGAUGGAUUGAAGUGGCACGGGGCUCCUUUUGUUUUCUGGUUCUCUUUUUUUUUUCGCCUCCGUUUUUCGUUUCCUUUUUCCUUCUUUCUUUCUUUUUUAUGUUCUCAUAGCUUGCUUUAAACAAAAAGCACUUAAAUAGAUGACUAUGUGUAAAAAGCUCUGUGCAAUAGAAAUCAUUUCCCUUCAUUUUUAAGAGAGAACGUAUUGCACACCAAAUGGACUCAAAGUAAGCUUUAGACCAGGAUGAUUCAGGUUGUGGAGGAGCAGGAUGAGUUUGUUCACUGUAGUUCCAUUUUGUUCGUGAACUGAAGGGAAAACGGGCCUCCCCAGCACUGCCUACCCCCCUGCCCCACAACCCCAUCUCAGCCUGCCUCUUGCUGACCGCCAUGCUAGUCACGCAGGGCCCACGGGCACCCACCAGAACUUCUGGCUGGGGCGGCAGGGCGCGUGGAAGGGGCCUGCGACUAGGCAGCUGAGAACCCUCCCCAGUGAGCGUGUGACCACAGGCGUCCCUCCCAGCACUUCACCUUUUUCUUGUUGAGAUGGAUCGACUGCUACUGACCCCCGCCCCUCCACCUCCCCGCAGCGUGCGUGAGGAUAAUUAUAAAAGGAUAUUUCCUUGAGGAAAAAAAAAUUGUUUAAAAAAAUAUUUCUAUUCUAUUUAUUAUUAGGUUAAUCAUAAGUACUUAUCAGGAGUGUAUUGUUAUUUUGUGUCAUUGUUGUUACCAUAAAUGCUUCUGACUUUCACUCCAGCCUUUGCUGUCUUCGGCCUCCCUCCCUCCCCCACCCUCAGAGACCCAAAGGGUCUGGGGGAUGUGAUCAGAGGGCAGAGGGGGGCUUCUCUGAAUCAGCUGUCCCUCUGCAGAGUAGCCACUCAAAAACUGGUGGUCUCCAUCACGUCUCACUUUUCAAAACGAGAGAGUUGAUGAACAAAACAAUCUCCCAAUGUUAAGGAAGCGCCGGGGUUUGAAGUUGGCUGGUGUGAGGAGCUGUAGAGGAGACUUAGAAAAAGCAAAGCUCGGUUCCCCCAAAGCCUCCUAGAGCCUCUGGUCAGACUUCUGGGUUCAUGACGGUUCAGGAGCCCCGGGGCAGGGCGGGCGCGGAGGCCUGCCUGGUCGAGCCUGACUUCGGGUGAGAGAGGUCUCUGGCAAGGCUCACUGGGCUGACGAGUUUCCAUUGGCUUUUGUUACAGUUGUUGUCGUUUUCCUUGCCUACAAAGUUGGUCAAAACCAUCUUGCGGAGCAACCGUGUUUUUCUGUCCUGCUGUGGCUUAAGGACCCACUCCAGGGGAGCAGAGGGGGGAGCCCCUUUCCCCCUUCCUGUGGUUAGUGCGGAGGAAGCAUGGGCCAGGGGCACAGCUUUCCGUGGAGAAGCACAGCCAGCAAGACACCCAGUGGCUUGCUCAUUGGGUGUCAGGGUGGUGGAGGCUGAGGCUGGGCGCUGCCCGCCGCCCCGAGGCGGGGCUCCCAGAGGGCCUGCUGACCCCCGACUCCCUCUCCGUGUCACCCACGGCUUUUCCCCCCUCUGACAUCAUCUGGCGUCCUGAUUCUGUCCUCUUUGAAAGCCCCCUGAUGAAACAAUGGCCCCAUCCCUCCCCCUGCAAGGGUUUCCAUUUCCCCCAAGUCGUCUAUGCAUUUCUCUCUCUCCCUCUCUCUCUCUCACCGUUUUCUGCCUCAUUCCUAGAGAAAACGGGCAUCUCAUGUGCCACCCUCUGAAACACGCCCCCUCCCCCCCACUUUCAGGAAAUGCUGUGCAUUUUGGAGACGUGAGGAUUUCAUCCAAAAUUUUGAAAGCAUUUGUGGACAGCACAUUAGAAAAUAAAAAUGGGAAAAAGCAAAACGAAAAGGCGGUGUGCCCCCACGUCCCUUUCCACUGAGUAAGACCUAGCUCUUUGCGAUUGUGCAAUAAACUACUUGCCGUGAGAGCAGGUGGCCACGCUCCUGCCCAGACUACUAACUAACACAGCACAGGAUGGCCGGCCGCGUGGGGGCCUCUUCCAGACGCCUCCCAGUAAGCUCAGCUCCCCCCCCACCCACCACCACCCUGUCUCGUGGUGUCUUACGUUUUAGCAGUAUUUUAUAUUUUCUGUAACGCACUAAAUCUUAGAUGUUUUUAGAGCUCGUUUGUUCAUACUCACAAUCACAGAUUUUUUUUUUUUAAUCCUCACAAUGACCCAAUUGACCAAAAAAAAAAAAGCAUCAUUUUUGUACAAAUAGCUUUGAGAAAAGCCUCUGUUGUGUUGCUGUGACCCAUCUCCGGUAACAUUUUAUUUCUUGCUAUUUGUUCUCGACACGAGAAGUCAAAAGUUGAUCCGCCUGGCAUGGGGGUGGGGGAGGCACCCGUCGUCCCUUCUGUCCUUGGUUUAGCCAUACGACGUUUGUUCUCAGCACUGUACAACGGUCCCUAUAUGAUAUGGAGAAGCAAUAUCACUGUAUGAAACUCACACCAUGUAUUAUUAUUAUUCACUAGCACCCUAGGUGUGAUAAUUGAAGUAAAUAUCUUUUAUACAAACACAA